CCGAACCAGUGCAGUGCUGUUGGAGCGCGUUCAGUCCACCAGUUUGGUCCACAUUACUUGUGCAAGUUGUCCUGCUACUUCUUAACAUCUGUUCACUCCGGCUCUUUAAAGCGCUAAGCUUGCAGACAACGUAGCUCGCUUGUUUAGAAACCGUGCAGUUCUGGGCUGCUUUUUUCAGCAUGGGCCUCCUUGGCUCGUCGUCUACGCAUUUGGCUGGGCGAUACUCCGCCCAGGGAGCUUCAGGGCAAGGGACGCAGAACCGUCAGCAAGCUAGGUGCCAGCGCUGCUUGCAGAUUGGCCACUACACCUACGAGUGCAAAAACGAGGCCGCGUAUGCUGCCCGUCCGUCAAGAACCCAGCAGCUCAAACAGGGCCGGUUCAAGCAACGCUUUAUGUCGGCGGAUGAGGUGCCGGAGGAGUUCCGGCCCAAGGAAAAGGACGAGAAGGGCGGCGACGCGGGGAAGCACGGCAUCCGCGGCCGGGAUAAGGACAAGGAUAAGGACCGUCGCAAGCGGCGGCGGCGGUCGCCUUCGUCGUCCUCGUCCUCCUCGUCGGACGACUCGUCCAGCAGCGGAAGCGGCUCAGACACCAGCUCUGAUUCGUCAGGCUCGAGCUCGGAUUCGGGCAAGUCAAGCGGGAGCACAAGCAGCGGGAGCAGCAAGAGCAGUGGGAGCAGCAAGAGCAGCGGCUCUAGCUCGGACUCGGCCUCCAGUGGCAGCAGUGGGAGCAGCAGCAGCGACAGCGGGAGCAGCAGCAGUGACAGCGACAGUGACAGCGACUCGGAGCGCCGGCGCCGGUCGCGGAAAGGCAAGCGCAAGAGCCGCAACUAGGCGCACAAGCGGCCUGGUGCCAUGGGAGGUGGGCGUGAUGGCGGCCUGUAUGGUGCUGGGCGGCAUAGAGGUCACGCGGUUUGCUCGUUGUGUCUGGGCCACGACACUCUGAGCGUAUUUCAGGGUAGGCGCGGCGUGUGCUGGCCAGCCAGGGUUGCAGCAGCUAAGCAUGCGCUUGCGUUUUGUUUGACGAUCCGUGCUGCACUGGGCGGCGUGUUGGCGCAUGAGCGGGUUGACAGCAUAUGACACGGACUGGGUGCGGAUUGACAGCGUAUGACACGGACACGGAUUGCUCCUGUGGUACGGCACUGAGCGGCCAGCGUUGCGACUGUCGUCUUUUUGGGAGCUUCAUCUAGCGCGGUGGACGGCUGUGCGGUCGGCAGACGGCAGGGGCCUAGCGGCGGCGAUGAGGGCGCUGAGGCGCUGGUGCACUUUCCAGGGGGUGCCGCACCAUAUUGGAGCAUGCGAGGCUGCAUUCUAGUGCCGGUGUGUGAGGUGUGGCUGUCAAGUCGGCACGGGUGGAGCACCCAUGCCGACGUACUGACAGACCUGACAAUGAUGGCC